GGUAUCUACUCUAGUUUUUCUUCUAUUCCGUCCCCGCUCUGAAAGGUAGCAAUCGACUCGGGGGUACUUCUAUUCUCUUCCGCAGCUGACCAAAUGCCCCUCCCCCUCCGUCGUAUCCCGGCGACACUUGGGGCAUAUAAUAAGUCCUUUUCACAUUUUCCUUCCCCUCCACGGACCCAUUUGACACCUCACCUUGUCCCCAACAUCUCUCAUCUUCCCUUUCGUCGUUCAUUCUACGGAAAUAUCAGUGAUCGGAAAAUGGCGCCACAGCUUGAACCUUUUUUCCAGCAGGUCGAUAAUCUGUCCCCUACUUUCGUUGACCGGUUGCGGAAAGCUGUUGCUAUCCCAUCUGUUUCUGCCCAGGAUGAGAACCGAAAAGAUGUUUUCAAAAUGGCAGAAUUCCUAGCCUCGGAGCUGGAAUCCCUAGGAGCCGAGGUACAACAACGACCGCUCGGUAAACAACCGGGAAAAGAGCAUCUCGAGCUUCCCCCAGUGGUCAUUGCGCGUUAUGGCAACGACAAGAAUAAGCGGACCAUCUUGGUCUACGGCCAUUACGAUGUGCAGCCUGCAUUGAAGGAAGAUGGCUGGGCUACGGAGCCUUUCGAGUUGACAGAGGACAGUCAAGGAAGGAUGUACGGCCGUGGAAGCACCGACGACAAGGGCCCUGUAUUGGGCUGGCUCAAUGUGAUUGAAGCGCAUAAGAAAGCCGGGAUCGAGCUACCUGUGAAUCUUCUCUGUUGCUUCGAAGGAAUGGAGGAGUAUGGCUCUGAAGGUUUGGAGGAGUUUAUCCAAGCCGAGAGCACGAAGUUUUUCAAGGAUGCCGAUGCCGUUUGCAUCUCUGAUAACUACUGGCUUGGGACCGAGAAGCCGUGCCUUACCUACGGGCUGCGUGGCUGUAAUUAUUACUCCAUCAGUGUCUCGGGCCCUGCCCAAGAUUUGCACAGCGGAGUCUUCGGUGGUUCUGCCCACGAGCCGAUGACAGAUCUGGUUCAAAUUCUAUCCAAACUUGUCGACACGCACGGUAGAAUCUUGGUCCCAGGGCUCAUGGAUCUCGUCGAGCCGUUGACGGAGGAUGAAAAACGCCUAUAUCCCGAUAUCAGCUACACAAUGGAGAAUUUGCACGAGUCAUUGGGCAGCGAAACCGGCAUCCACCCCACCAAGGAGCAGACUCUCAUGGCCCGAUGGAGAUACCCAUCCCUGUCUAUUCACGGCAUCGAAGGUGCAUAUUCGGCCCCCGGUGCGAAAACAGUCAUUCCGGCUAAGGUCAUUGGGAAAUUCUCCAUUCGAACCGUCCCAAACAUGGAAAGCGCAGAUGUCAACAAACUCGUUUUCGACUACAUCCGGGCAGAGUUUGCCAAGCUAAACAGUAAGAACACAUUGGAUGUUUGGCUCCAGCACGACGGGAAGUGGUGGGUUGCCAGUCCGAAACACUGGAACUUCACGGCCGCGAGCAAAGCUGUGAAGCAAGUUUUCGGCGUUGAGCCAGACAUGACCCGUGAAGGUGGCAGCAUUCCCGUCACUCUCAGCUUUGAACAAGCAACAGGUAAAAACGUUCUGCUUUUGCCUAUGGGUAGCUCAACAGACGCUGCUCACUCCAUAAACGAGAAGCUUGAUAAAAGGAACUACAUUGAGGGCUCUAAGCUUCUUGGUGCCUAUCUGCAUUAUGUUUCGGAGGAGCCUAUGAAGGCUUGAUCUACUCGCCAGCUGACUUGUUGAAGACGAAGCAUGGACUUUAUGGCUUAGGUAAGUAUAUUGAGUGAAAAUCCCUGGCUGUGGAGGUUUAUCUAUAUGGUCUUAAAUUGAAACUGGUACUGUACUUGAAAAAAAAAAAUUGGUUCAGGAACUUCGUAGGGUAGGUACUACACAGUAUGUAUGUACAAUGAAAAAUUAUGCGC